AUGUAUACCGUUUUCGUCGCAUUUUUUCUGUUUUCGUUCAGAAUCGCAUCUGGUGCAAUCAAAGGACCGCUAAGCGACGAUUUUCAGAAAUGGCUUAAACGCAAUGGUUAUGAUAGUUGCGACUUUGCCCGAAGUGACUAUGGUACUCAAGGGAGUUACGGCGGGAAAACAGUGAAUGUGUCGGAAAUGGUUAAUAUUCCCGUGGUUUUUGUUCAUGGGAAUUCAGACGCGGCACUUCAUCGAAGCUCGAGCGCACCCGGAUGGUCCAACUCGAUAGAGUAUUUCCUGGCCAAUGGCUAUACGCAAGCUGAGCUUUAUGCAACUUCUUGGCAAGACUCAAAUCCAUUAAAUGCUUCGAAAAGGAAACAUGACUGCGAAACAGUUACCAGAAUACGAAAAUUCUUUGAGGCAGUUCUUUCCUAUACGGGAUCAAAGAAAAUAUCAAUUGUAAGCCAUAGUAUGGGAGUGACGAUUGCCAGAAAAGCCGUCAAAGGCGGGAGGAUUGAAGAUGCCGAUGGCCAAUGCAAUAUUGGAUUGCCUUUGAACAAGAAAAUCGAGGUAUUCGUGGGGCUCUCCGGUGCAAACUUCGGACUGUGCAAUUGCGAAGGUCCACUGGCAAAUCUACAAAAGACGUGCAACAAGCAAGACGGCUUCUGGCCUGGCGAUUCAUGCGGUUCGAACAAAUUGAAUUGCGGCGUGAACCCCCUUCCGAGCCCCUGUACAGCUGUCAGUUAUUCGAAGUACCUGAUGCAAUUGAACAGUGAUAGAAUAAAGGAAGCAGACUAUGUAUUCAGUGUUUGGAGCUAUGCCGACGAACUUAUUGGGUAUAGUGAUAUGGUAUGGGGCAGAGCCACUUCUUUGAUCCCAUUGUCCGAUGGAAAGAUCAAUUAUUCCAAUUUAACUCACAUGGAAAGCAAAGACAAUACUUUUGCUGAUCAAUAUCAAAUGGUCAAAUUCCAUAUCGUUCCCACCAAUAAUUAA